AUGGCCCGGCUGUCCGCCGGCCUCGCACCCUCUGCACCCGCCACCGCAAACACCACCACCGCUGCCACCGCGAAUCCCACCGCGGCCCUCUCAUCGGUUCCGCCUUCGUAUUACCUGUCGGUGGGCGACCCGGCAUCGUCCCCGGUCACGACGGCCUCGCUCUUCACGCGGCGCCCUUCUCAGCUGGACAGUGGCGUGGCGGGACGGGCGAUGGUCGACCUGGAUCGCGGGCCACAGCCUCCAUCAUCUUCCUCGGCCUCUGACGACACCGCCGUCACCGCACCUUCGCCGUCUUCACGCCAUAGUCAGGCAAAUGGUCUGCGCGACCUCGACGACAGCGCAUCUUCGCUGUCAGACGUCGACAUGAGCGUCGACGAGGACGACGAGGACGAAGAGGAGGACGAGUUAGAAGACGAAGAAGGCGAAGAUGUCUCCGCGGCACGGCUUCGCGAUGCACGCGAGGGCGACGUCACCAUGAGCCCGGCACCUGUCGCAGUCAAGCAGGAGGCAGGGCAGAUCAGCCUCGGGCGUAGUGCAGCCACCCCGUCUACGAACCGCAAGGAGCCCAAGAAUGGGCAGGCGGAGACCAGGUCCAAGAGGAGGACGAUGCCGGCGCGGCUACGGCAGGUCUCGAGCCUGCUGGCAGGCUCGAUGCUGGAAGAGGAGCUGCUCGACUCGCAGCAAAGGCUAGUCGAGAACAACAAGGCGCUGCUGCCUCCAUCGGCCAGGCUGAUCCUCACCAACGACGCUGAGCUGGUCGAGCGCACCGUCACCGUGCAGCAGGGCGAUGCAGCCGCCGUCCUCAGCAUCUUUGCCGACCCCGAGGUCGCACGCGCCUGCCGCGAGACGGCCGUCAUCGAGACGCCCGAGUUCAAGCUGCGGGACGACAGCGAGGCAAUGGGCAAGACUCGCGGCAUGCGCAACGAGGAGGACACGUCCGAUGCCGCGUACGAGCGACGCCACCGCAAGCCCGAGAACGUCGAGAAGCGGCAGCGCAAGCUCGAGCUCGAGCGGCUCGUCAAGGACCGCAACAAGCUCAAGGACCGCAUCGACCAGCUCAAGGCGGCCGACGCGCGGCUCCUCAUGCCGAUCCUCACGGCGCGCGACCAGCAGCGCGCCGCGGCCGGCGCCAGUGGCGGCAGUGUCGGCGACGCUGGCACGGGCAGCAGGGCGCUGCGCAAAGAGCUGCUCGACGAGGCUCGCGAGACACUGUCGCGGUACGAUCUGCUGCUUCCCUCGUCGCGCAGCAACGCGGAUCGCAAGCGCAAAGCCGCACUCGACGAGGCGAGCGGCCAAGAGGACAGCGACGCCAGCACGCCAGCGCGCCACGGUCGAAAUGCCAGCGGCAGCGGCAAGGCGUACCAUCGAUCCGGCGGCCUUGCCAAAGGCGGCUCACCCGUGCCAUCGACGCCCGAUCAGACGCGGAAGCUCGCAGGCACGAGCGCUAGCGGCAGCCGCGCCUCUGCCAUUCGGCGCCAUUCUUCCGGCGACCCUGCUGCUUCGGCCGAGGCCAAGGGCGCCUCGGGCCGGAGCAUGCGGAUCCGCCUCAAGCGCCCUCAGCUCGACGCUUCGCCGGCAUCGGACGAAGAGCACUCACCGCGCCGCACGUCGGUCGUCAACCUGCGCGUCUCUCGGAGCGGCGCAGGCGCGUCGCCCACCGCGCCCGAAUCGCCAUCGACGCCGUCAGGUGCCCCCAAGGAGGUGCGUCCGGAGCACGUCUUUGCCAACAUUCACGCGCGGACCAUGGGCGGCCGCUUUGCGCCCAAGAAGGCCCUCGGCGAGGGCGCUACCGGAAGUACGAGCACCCGUGGCACCAAGAGCAAGUGGCCGGCCGGCUCCUCGUCGGCACCGACCUCCGCGAUGGCCGCAUCAAAGCGUCGGUCCAUGGACCGCUCCAGGCGUGACUCUUCGGCGCCAUCGGCAUCGGCAACGGCGUCGACCCACCUCCCGGCUAGCCCGUCGCCCGCCUCUGGCUCGCUACCGUCCGAGGCCGGCAUCCCGCCUCGAGAGGUCAAGGAGCAUCAGUGGGGGCUUUCGGGCCAGGGGGCCCCGCUCAGCUCGCUGCGUUCGCGCUCCAAGCACCACGCCGGCUCGCCCAAACGCCCCGGCGCGCCUACGGCCCUCCCGACCGGAUGGGCCAAGGUGGGUCCCACUCUGUCGGAGCUGCGAGCGAGCGAGCGGAAGCCGCUACGGGUCAAGUUGGUUCUGGGUAAACGCAGCGCCUCGAGCUCCACCCCGUUGGCUGGAGCGACGGCGGCGGCGGCCCCGGUCAGACGCGACGUAGCAGGAGCAUCUCAGAUGAUGCCGGAAGAGGACGACGAAGAGGAUGACGAGCCUCCGGCCGAGAUUGUCAUGGGCACGGCGCUGACCGAGGAAGAGGCCAAGGCGAUGCUCGAGGCUGCUCUCGCCGAAACCAUGGCCGAGGAAGAGCAGCUGUCUCGCACCGGUGGAAGCCCCCCCUUCUCGACUCCGGCUAGGCCCGGCUUCGUCGCGAGGCCCGCACAGCCGCUCGGCUUUUCGGCGUCAUCGCCCUCCGCUUCGCGAUCGCCAGCCUCGACCGCACCGCCAGCGUCAGUCGCCGCCGCUCCGGCCACCCCUACGGCUCCGGCGACGGGCGCGGCUGCCGCAGGCCCUGCGCGCUCCCAUAGCCACACGUCGACGCUCGCGUCGCGCAUGCCACCGCCAGCCUCGCCGGCGACGACCCCCGCCACAGCGGCAUCGGCAUCGGCAUCGGCAAUGAGGCGCAACUCGUCCCGCGUCCAGGCGACGUCGGCCUUUGGCGAAAAGCUGCCAGCGCCGCUGCUGGCGCGGCGCGACUUUGACGAGACCAUCGCGCCCGUCCUGGCCAAGCGCUCGUGGCGGUGGGCGCUGGCCGCGCGCGGCUACGACGCGCUCGGGCCCACGUCGCCGCUGCUGCCCGCCUCGGUCGCGGCGCUGCGCGAGCAGCAGCGCGACGAGCAGCGCAAGGCGCACGAGGUCGGACGGCGCAUCGGCGACGGCAAGGAGCCUGCAAGCGAGGCCGAGGCCGAGGCCGCGGGCACAGGCAAGGGCAAGGGCAAGGGCCGAGCCGACGGGCACAAGCCGCGAGGCCGGCAGCACGCGGCGCGACCGUUCCAAGGUGUCCGAUUGGAUGACGUCGUCAAGAGCAGGGAAAGGGCAGAAGGGCAAGCCGAGGCCAGCCGGAAACCGGGCGGCAGGGCCAGGGCCAAGAGGUGA